AUGACAUGGUUUAUGGCCCGUGGGAAUCAGACGAUGGUCACCGAGUUCCUCUUUUCUAUAUUCCUGCAUGUGCAUGGAGGUGGCCUAUUAUUCUUUAUUCCCUUGCUUAUCAUCUAUGGAUUUAUCAUAAUUGGGAACCUAAUGAUAUUCAUUGUCAUCCAGUUGGACAUGGGCCAGCACACCCCCAUGUAUUUCUUCAUCAGUGUCCUCUCUUUCCUGGAGAUCUGGUAUACCACAACCACCAUCCCUAAGAUACUCUCCAGCCUACUCAGUGAUCAGAAGACCAUCUCUCUGGCUGGCUGCUUCAUGCAGAUGUACUUCUUCCAUUCUCUUGGUAUCACAGAAGGCUGUAUCCUGACAGUGAUGGCUAUUGACAGGUACAUAGCUAUCUGUCAUCCUCUUCGUUACCCAACUAUCAUGACUUCCAAACUUUGUAUUCAACUGACAGCUGGAUCCUGCCUCUGUGGCUUCCUACUUGUACUCCCUGAGAUUGUGUGGAUUGCCACCCCUUUCUGUGGUUCCAAUGAGAUCCAGCAGAUUUUCUGUGACUUUACACCUGUGCUAAGCUUGGCAGGCGCAGAUACUUCCUUGGUGGUCAUUGCAGAUGCCAUACAUGUGGUGGAGAUUUGGUCCUCUUUUUUGGUCAUUGCCUUGUCCUACAUUCGGAUCAUCAUGGUGAUUCUGGGGAUGCCCUCAACUGAGGGCCGUCACAAGGCCUUUUCCACUUGUGCUGCCCAUCUUGCUGUGUUCUUGCUAUUUUUCGGCAGUGUGGCUGUCAUGUAUUUGCGAUUCUCAGCCACCUACUCAGUUUUUUGGGACACUGUGAUUGCUAUCACUUUUGUUAUCCUUGCUCCCUUCCUCAACCCCAUUAUCUAUAGCUUGAGAAACAAGGAUAUGAAAGAUGCUAUUGGGAGGCUUUUCUGCUAUCAGAACAGGGCUGGUGGUUUUAGGAAAUUGAUCUAG